CAGCAACAGAAGCUACUUGCUGGGAGGAUGAAGUUCCCUUGCUGUUGACAGAAUCUGAAGGAUGCAAGCCUCUUUCUCAUCUCUUUGCUCCUUCUCUCUGUGGCCAGUGGUACCCUGAAGAGGAGCAGAAGCAGAGCAGGUCUUGCUGAUGGGCACAGCCGAGAUGGAAGAGGAAAGGCGGAUGAGCUUCCAGCAGGAGGAUCAGGACCAUCACUUGGGCCAAGGGGAUCCAGAAGAGGAGCUCCAGACUGUGGCGUGGUACCAUGAUGGUCUCACUCGUCAUGCAGCAGAGGCCCUUCUUCUUUCCAAUGGCAGUGAUGGAAGCUACCUCUUAAGGAAGAGCAAUGACAAAACUGCACUUUUUUCUCUGUCAGUAAGAGCAAAAGAUUCCGUAAAACAUUUUCAUGUGGAGUACACUGGGUCAUCAUACAAAUUUGGCUUCAAUGAAUUUGCCACCCUGAAAGAACUGAUCAAACAUUUUGCAAAUCAGCCUUUGAUUGGCAGUGAGACAGGCACUCUGAUUGUACUGAAGCACCCGUAUCCCAGAAAAGUGGAAGAACCUUCCAUUUACGAAUCUGUGCGAGUUCACACAGCAAUGCAAACAGGAAAAACAGAAACUGACCUCAUCCCCAAUGCACCCUCGUUAGGCACAAAAGAAGGCUACCUAACAAAACAAGGCAGAAUAGUCAAGAACUGGAAAACUAGGUGGUUUACACUUCACAGGAAUGAACUGAAAUACUAUAAAGACCAGACGUCCACAGAGCCAAUCAGAGCACUCGACUUAACAGAAUGCUCGGCCGUACAGUUUGACUAUUCACAAGAUAAAGUUAAUUGUUUUUGCUUAGUAUUCCCACUGAGGACAUACUAUGUGUAUGCAAAGACUGGAGUAGAGGCAGAUGAAUGGAUCAAGAUAUUACAAUGGAAGCUGUCACAGAUAAGGAGAAAAGCACGCCAGCGUGAUGCUACUCUCAGUCUGUAGCUAUUUCUGUAUCAAUUCAGACCACACAGAGGUCUAUGUUGAUUCAUACCAAUGCGUGAUGAAACCCAUCAUGGAGGACAAAAGAAUUCCUGUGCCAGUUCAAAUGAGAAAUGCAUGCAGUCCAGCAAUCUUUCUCCAGCACACCCACCAACAUAGCCCAUAUGCAUCCUACUGCAAAACUCAUGAGCAAGGUGGAGGUGGCAUUCUUGUUCCUUCUCAUUAUCUGUUAAUCUGGAGAUAACCAGCUUUGAAGAUGGAUUUUCCAUUUUUAGCUAAUAGACACUCAAGAAAUCCUGUGCCCUGUUCAUUUAUUUAACCCUAUUUUAUACUUAUUCUAGCCAUGGGUCAUCUGUAUAUCUCAAUGUGACAAUGUUUGUUCACAGUGACCACAAGCAGCAGUUCUUGUAUAUUCCAGUUUUACAGUGACACACCAGAUCCUACUGUAUAAGCCAUUUUAAUGCAUCUGCAGAACUGAAUGAAUUCCAAAUCCCAUGGUUGGCUUAAGGAGCUUGGAUAUUUUUAUAGCAGGAGCCACUCAAUGAAGAUAUUACAGACUUGGCAACUUGUGUGCAUGCUUCCAGCCAUUUUCAAAAUUGUAAGCAAGCAUAAACAUAGAAAAAAUGUCAGGUACCUCCCUUGCUGGAUCUUAAGAGGAGCCCUGCUGGAUCAGACCAAAGUCUUAUUUAGUUUAGCCUCUUGUUCCUCAUGGUGGCCAAACAGAUGCUUAUGAGAGAUCCAAAAUAAAGUAUGGGUUUGUGUUACUGUACAUGUGGGGCAUACUAUUAUGUGCCAGUAACUCCAAAUCUUUCUCACACAGCUUUAUAGGGCAGUGUUAAGGUAUAGAAAGUCACAACUCUUGAGUUUGAAAUAUUAUGAAAGCACCUGACAGCAAAUACAGUUGCCAGUAUGCACUCAGCAAAUAUCCUCCAUCUGUAGUUGAGUGGGUAUGAUUACUAGGAGUAUUAAGAACACUCAUCUAAUUGCCCCAUGCAACAAGACAACUGUUAGAUGCUCUAUCAUAGUAGUUAAGAGUUUAUUUUGUAUUUUUUAAAACCCUUGUGAAGACAAUAUUUUAUUGUGUUUAGUAUUUAACAUGGCUCUGUCUUUGUAGAAGAACAUUUCAAAAUCUAAGUACAGUGAGCUGAAGUGUGUAUAUACAAUAGGACCACUUAAUGGAAGGAAUUUGCAGAUGUUUUGGAAAGAACUGUGUUAUGCAUUUUGUACUUUUACUGUAUACUUUCUAAUAAAUAGAAAACAAUUAAAA